AUGAAAUCACUGAAAAAUUACACUUUUUCAAUUAUUGUGAGCCGAAGAAACGUCUCCAUCAUAAAACCACUCAAAACGGGUGCUGGAUCAAGUCUAAAAUUAGCAAACAACCUUCUUUUGGAUGCUGCUGGACAUAUAAGACUAACGGAUUUUGGACUGUCAAAGGGAUGGAUAAAAGGCGGCCAAACGUAUAGUUUUUGUGGUACUGCGGAAUAUAUGGCACCGGAAGUAGUGAGCAACGAAGGACAUACAGUAUCUGCCGAUUGGUGGAGUUUCGGAAUCCUAAUGAAUCUUUAG